AUGAAGGAGAGGUAUGAUACUAUCCCGCCACCGGUUUCGCACCCGCAGCAAGAUGGCAGGAAAAGCUCCAAGGCGAUGAAUUAUGCCCGACACUGCUUGAUCGCUCUCUUUCUAUGCUUGACGGUCUUUGGAGUACUGCAUAGACCUCACUUCCCACAAAAGUACGUGGAUGUUGUGAAAAAUGCGGCCGCAGCGAGGCCGGGAAAGCAGACCGCCACUAGCUCAGACGAGUCAAAGCGGGUGCCAUUUGAAGCACACAUCAUGAGCAAGUGUCCGGAUGCGCAGUUCUGCCUGCGUGAGCUGGUUGUGCCCACCAUGGAGCAGGUUCACAGGAAAGUCGACUUCCGGCUUUCUUUCAUCGGACAAGCCUCAAACGACUCUUCGGCCGUAUCCUGUCUCCACGGACCACCAGAAUGCGUUGGAAACAUGCUGAUGCUCUGCGCAGCAAACCUUCCAUACCCACCACGCAUCGCCGGCUCCUCAUCCUCAUCAGACACCACGCCCUGUCCCAACUAUGAAACGACCCCUGUUGUUCGAUAUCUCGGUUUCACCAACUGCAUGAUAUCUGAAUAUCAGGAUAUCCCCGAUCGUGCUCUUGUCCAUGACUGCGCACUCGAAUACGGAAUCAGCUUCAACGCCUUGAACCAGUGUGCCAGUCGUCAGAGUGACGAGGGCGACGAGGCCCGUGAUGGUCAAGGGGACUGUGACCGUGGACCCAGCGGCCUCGCGCUGAUGAGGAAGAGCUUCCAACACAGCGCUGAGGCUGGCGUCACCAAGAGCUGUACCGUCAGGGUCAACGAUAAGUUCUGGUGCAUCCGCGAUGGCGGUGCAUGGACAGACUGUGGAGAAGGAGGUGAGAGGAGCAAUGUACCUGUGUUGGUCAAGGAGAUCGAGAGGCUCUGGGAUGAACGAAACUAG